UGUUGGUUUGUUUGCAGGCGCCGACAACCUGGCUACAAGAUCUCUGACAGAUGUCAAACGUUAACCAUACGCGUUUAAACUAACCGUCGAUUUUAGUUGCUAACGGUUUCAGUGCAAUUUUAAACACUUUGUGGGUGUUUUUUUGGGAUUAUCCAAUCAGGGGCCCAACAGGGAAGCUUCUGUUGUUUUUAACCCUUGUUUUUGGCUCAGACUGAGUCGAUAACACCAAUCUGUACAAAGCAAGUUGCUAGUCCAUGCUAGUUGCACUUGAGGAUACACGAUGGAUACCCCAUUCAAAACUCCCCAAUCUCGGAUUCUAAAGCGGUCCAACGAAGCCAUCUACACUCCCAGAGCCCUGUCGGAACGCUCGGAUUCAGAUGAAAGCAUCAGCUCCAAGAGUUCCAAGUGCGGCUCCCUGUCUGACCUGACUGUGGUGGCCCUAUACGACGACCUGAUGCGGCUCAUGAGCAAUAAAAGGGACAAAAGGACCGAAAGGUCAUUUGAGGCGUUCGCCCAAGAGUCGCAGCUGCUCUUGGAACGCUACUGCGAGCUGUUCCAGGAGUGCCAAAGGCUGCAGGCCCUGGUCAACCUAAAGGUGGACGAGUGCAGCGAGUCGGAGCACCGGAUGAACAAUGCACGCCUCCUGCUCGACGAGGAAAAGAAGAAAACCCGGCGAGUGCUCCACGAGAAUCGGCGCUUGCAAGAGCAACUUGAUCAGGUGAAGGAGCUGUUGUUGAAGGACAAUAUGAAGAUCAACGAAGAAGCCAAGCAAAAGUUAUUGUUUUUGGACAAUCACAACGGAUGUGAGCGCAACCUGAGGAACCUCAGCCGCAUCAACGAAGUGAACUCCACGGGUUCAAUGCUAUCAGAAUUCAGCUUUUCGCAGUCUGAGAAUGGGUUGGACACCUCGGAACACCCUUGCAACAAUAAUGAGAGGGUUUGGAAGAGGCGAAGCGGCGCUGCUGGCGAAACGGACCCCCCCGUGAAGAAGCGAAAGUCCGGCCACAAAGCCGUUGAGAUUGGUGUCGCUGAUACGGUCCGAACCACCACAACAGUAACCGUCAACAAAAAGGGCCCCAUCACAGCCACUUCCGUGAUUGAAUCAAUCCCCUACACAAACGGCACUGACUCCGAAAAGCCAACUCCGUCCAGUGAUGAUGGGAUCGGGUCGACUGCCCCCAGCAUGCCGCCCGCGCAUAUGGUGUUUGAAUCCUGGGCCAAAAACUCGAGCCCCGCCUGCAACCAGCCUAGAGCUCCAAAGCGUCAGCAUUCGCUGCAGCAGAAGACGCUAAUUGGGGGCGAUGUGUGCGCUUGUUGUCAGAAGAAACUCCGGUUUGGAAAAACGGCGCUGAAAUGUAAGGAAUGCCGGUCGCUGUGCCAUACUGAGUGCGCGGACUUGCUGCCCCUACCCUGUGUCCCUUUGGUGGACACUCCCAAUCACAAAAACCUUUUGAAGGUGAUCAGCAAUUACGCGCCCUCGCAGUCCCCCAUGGUGCCCGCCCUCAUUGUGCACUGCACCAACGAGAUCGAGCUGAGAGGCUUGAAAGAGUUGGGACUCUACCGGAUAUCGGCCUCUGAGAAGGAAGUGCGCUCUUUAAAGGAAAAGUUCCUGAAGGGACGCGGCUACCCAUCAAUUGUCCAAACAGAUAUUCAUGUGCUUUGCGGAUGCGUCAAGGACUUUCUGCGUAUGCUCACGGAGCCACUAGUGACUUAUGGGCGUUGGAAGGACUUUGUCCAUGCAGUUGAAGCCAAGGAUCAGCAGGACGUCGUCCCAGCUUUAAUUCAGUGCGUUUCUGAGCUGCCGCAGCCCAACCGCGACACUCUAGCAUACAUGAUGUUGCACUUGCAAAAGGUGGCCCAGGCGCCCGAAUGCAAGAUGCCCAUCGAGAAUUUGGCCAAAGUGUUCGGCCCCACCAUCGUGGGGUAUUCGUCGGACAACCCCAGCACCGAGACUCUGAUCUCAGAGACAAUGAAGCAGAUCAAGGUGUUGGAUUGCUUGAUCCGGCUGCCUGGCGAUUAUUGGGCGCGCUUUGUCGAUGUGGCCCCUGAGCCGCCAACCAGCGGCCUCAUACAGACCCCCAGCACCGAUUCGCUUUUCCUCGCCAGACUAUUCACACCGAAUGGUGCCAGAUCCACAGCGAAAAAGCAGCGAUAUUUCCAUACACCACCCGCGUACAAGCUAUAGGAAAUAAUCUAAGCUCGCCUUUUAACCCAUUUUUUUAAUUUUAUACUCUGUACCGGUUUAUUGAUCUGUUUUUGCCUACUUCGCGAAAUAUAUUUUCGAUUUUCAAUAA